CAGCAAGAGCUCCCGGAAGCUGAGGAAGCUUAAAGUCUUCCGCUUCCUUUCUCCGCCUCUUAGUCCCGCAGAUUGCCAGUCGAUAGAGCCAAUAGAAGGGCGGAUUGGUACUUCAUGUUCGUUGAUUGGCUUAAAGUUUUGCAACCGCCCAGACAAACUUGCCGAGGAUUGGCUGAGCUUUCAGUUUUGAAAAUCAUAGAUUUCGCCCGCGCUGCGCCUCCUAGUUGCUCCUUCCGUGCGGUGAGCCCCGAAGUCCCGGAGCCGAGCGGGUCUGGGCAAGCGGGGCUUCAAGCUAGGGAGACCACCGGAUUUGGAUCGCAGCAGCUUUCAGGGGACGUGGCUUAGUCGACAGACAGAGCCACCAUGGGGACGACAGCCCCAGGGCCCAUUCACCUGCUGGAGCUCUGUGACCAGAAGCUCAUGGAGUUUCUCUGCACCAUGGACAAUAAGGACUUGGUGUGGCUUGAGGAGAUCCAGGAGGAGGCCAUGCGCAUGUUCACCAGAGAAUUCAGCAAAGAGCCAGAGCUGAUGCCCAAAACACCUUCUCAGAAGAACCGACGGAAGAAGAGACGGAUUUCUUAUGUUCAGGAUGAAAACAGGGACCCCAUCAGGAAAAGAUUCUCUCAUCAUCAUCCAAGCUGGUGGCUCUUGGGGAGACUGGGGUGCCACCCCGUUCUUCUGUCCGUCAGCCUCUGCCCUGCUGCCUCUGCCAGGUUAUCCCGCAGAAAGUCUCGGAGCAGCCAGCUGAGCUCCCGUCGCCUCCGCAGCAAGGACAGUGUGGAGAAGCUGGCCACAGUGGUGGGGGAGAAUGGCUCCGUCCUACGGCGUGUAACCCGUGCUGCAGCUGCAGCUGCCGCGGCCACCUUGACAUUGGCUGUACCUUUGCCCACCCCUGAGUCUCCCACGAUGCUGACCAAGAAGGCCGAGGAUAGCGGUGCCCAGUGCCAGCUGGUGCCCGUGGUGGAGAUUGGCAACAGCGAGCGCCAGAAUGCUGAGCAGCACCUCACUCAGCUCAUAUCUGCCCAGCCUCUGCCUCGUGCUCUGUCUCCAACUCCAGCUUCAGCCGCAGCCACAGCUCCAGCCUCCCAGGGCAUCCUGACCUCAGAUGAGGAAUCAACACCCAAGAAGUCAAAGGCCAGGAUACUGGAGUCCGUCGCAGUGAGCUCUCUGAUGGCUACACCCCAGGACCCCAAGGGUCAAGGGGUUGGGACAGGGCGGUCUGUGUCCAAGCUCAGAAUUGCACAGGUCUCCCCUGGCCCACGGGACUCGCCAGGCUCUCCAGACUCUCAGUGGCAGAAGCGGGUGCUGGCUCCCAUCCUGCCGGAUAACUUCUCCACGCCCACGGGCUCCGGCGCCAAUUCUCGGCCGGUGCGGCGCAGCCUGAUCGCCCCAUCCUCCCCGAGUCCCCAAAUCUCAGCCCAAAAGUACUCUCCGGUGGCCAAACAGGAAAGCGUUGUCCGCAGGGCAAGCAGAAGGCUUGCCAAGAAGACUGCCGAAGAGCCAGCUCCCUCUGGCCGCAUCAUCUGUCACAGUUACCUGGAGAGGCUCCUGAAUGUUGAGGUGCCCCAGAAAGUUGGUCCUGAGCAGAAGGAGCCCCCCGAGGAGGCUGAGCCUGUGGUGGCAGCUGAGCCAGAGGUCCCUGAGAACAACGGGAAUAACUCGUGGCCUCGCAAUGACACCAAGAUUGCCAAUGGUACACCCAACCAGAAGCUUGCAGCCAGCAACCAGGAAACACCCUCUGCAGGGCAGCAAGAGACCAAGAUGGACCAAGUAGAUGGACCCAGAGAGCCACCGCAGAGUGCCAGGAGGAAGCGCAGCUACAAGCAGGCAGUGAGUGAGCUGGACGAGGACCAGCACCUAGAGGACGAGGAGCUGCAGCCCCCCAGGAGCAAGACCCCCUCCUCACCCUGCCCGGCCAGCAAGGUGGUGCGGCCCCUCCGGACCUUUCUGCACACGGUGCAGAGGAACCAGAUGCUCAUGACCCCGACCUCAGCCCCCCGCAGUGUCAUGAAGUCCUUCAUCAAGCGCAACACUCCCCUGCGCAUGGACCCCAAGUGCAGCUUUGUCGAGAAGGAGCGGCAGCGUCUGGAGAACCUGCGGCGGAAGGAGGAGGCUGAGCAGCUGCGCAGGCAGAAGGUGGAGGAGGACAAGCGGCGACGGCUGGAGGAGGUGAAGCUGAAGCGUGAGGAACGCCUGCGCAAGGUGCUACGGGCCCGAGAGCGGGUGGAGCAGAUGCAGGAGGAGAAGAAGAAGCAGAUUGAACAGAAGUUUGCUCAGAUCGACGAGAAGACUGAGAAGGCCAAGGAGGAAAGACUGGCGGAGGAGAAGGCCAAGAAAAAGGCAGCGGCCAAGAAGAUGGAGGAGGUAGAGGCGCGCAGGAAGCAGGAGGAGGAGGCGCGUAGGCUCCGGUGGCUGCAGCAGGUGCGAGCGCAGGAGGAGGAAGAGCGACGGCACCAAGAGCUGCUGCAGAAGAAGAAGGAAGAGGAGCAGGAGCGGCUACGGAAGGCAGCCGAGGCUAAGCGGCUGGCAGAGCAGCGUGAGCAGGAGCGGCGGGAGCGGGAGCGGCGGGAGCAGGAGCAGCGGGAGCAGGAGCAGGAGCGGGAGCGGCGGCGGGAACAGGAGCGGCUCCAGGCCGAGAGGGAGCAACAGGAGCGGGAAAAGGCCCUGCGGUUGCAGAAGGAGCGACAGCAGAGGGAACUGGAGGAGAAGAAGAAGAAGGAAGAGCAGCAGCGUCUGGCUGAGCGGCAGCUGCAGGAGGAGCAAGAGAAGAAAGCCAAGGAGGCAGCCGGGGCCAGCAAGGUCUUGAACGUGACUGUGGAUGUGCAGUCUCCAGCUUGUACCUCCUAUCAGAUGACUCCGCAAGGGCACAGGGCCCCCCCCAAGAUCAACCCAGAUAACUACGGGAUGGAUCUGAAUAGUGACGACUCCACCGAUGAUGAGGCCCAUCCCCGGAAACCCAUCCCCACCUGGGCCCGAGGCACCCCACUCAGCCAGGCCAUCAUUCACCAGUACUACCACCCGCCGAACCUUCUGGAACUCUUUGGAGCCAUUCUCCCGCUGGACUUGGAGGAUAUCUUCAAGAAGAGCAAGCCCCGCUAUCAUAAGCGCACCAGCUCCGCUGUCUGGAACUCACCGCCCCUGCAGGGUGCCAGGGUCCCCAGCAGCCUGGCCUACAGCCUUAAGAAGCACUGAGUCUGGCCUGUGGCCUUCUUGGCAACUUCACCUCCUGUCUGUGUCUCUCUGUCUGUCUCUGUCUUUGUCUGGUGCCCUCCUUCUUGGCAUGCCAUCGUGGAGGGCUGGGCCAGGUGUAUAUAAAUAUCCUCUCUGCUGGGUGUUUCUGCUGCAGGUGGCAGGUGGCCCCAGGCCUGUUUGGAGGAUGGGCUGGGUGGGUGGUUGGGGGAGAACCGGGCCCAGCCCCACGUGGCUCACAGACAGUGCUCUGUAAAUAGUUAUUAUAAUCUAGCUGAAUGUUAGCAUUUUAGUCUUUGGCAUUUUACUGUUUGGGAGGUAGAUUAAUAAAGUAUAUUCCUUCAAGCAUGCUGUUGGUACCGUGAAGACUGGGAGCCUCAGCCCUGGCCCUGUAGCUGUGUGUCUUGGGCCACCAGUGGGCUGGAGGACUGAGGUUCUGUUCCAUCACCUGUGGUGCCUCAGGAUCACUGGGUGCAGGCUCCCACCCUGGGUGCAGUGGGUGGUUCCACUGCCUGGAUAAGCCGAGGAACACUUCAGUUACUGUCACAAUGGGGCAGGUGGAGCACCUUCCUGUUUUUUGGGGUGCUCUGUUUGUAAAGGGGAGCUUGUUCAUUGGGAAAGACCUGGGUCUUGACACAGCCCUGCCACUUAGUCCCUUACCCUCUCCAUUCCUCAGGCUCCACCCUUGCUGCACAGGUGGCAAAUAGACUUGAGAAAGUCUAUGUGCUGGUGGAGCAUGAGGUCUAAGGAGUACAGGGGUGUCCCUUGAGACCGCCUUGGGACAGUGCUUGCAAGCUGCAAUAUAUGUCCCCAACAAAGCCAGGCAGCCUCUAAUCAAAUGCUUAGCGCCAAUGAAAGCCGGCUGUGGUUCCGCUCUGCGGGGCCUGCUGCCUCCUGAAUGCAUACAUCUGCUGCUCUAGCCCUGGGUUGCCAGACUAUGGCCAAAUCUAGCUGCGGCAGGUUCUUUAACGUUUUAUUGGAAUGCACGCAAUAGAAAUGCCCAUUUCUUUAUCUUGUCUCCAGUUGCUGUGUUCCAAGGGCAGCUAAGUUGCCCAGCAGAGGCCCAUGUCCUAUAAAGCUGAAAAUGUUUACUAUUUGAACUUUUACAGAAGUUUGCCAACUUCUGCUUAAGGACAAAAAUAAAGCCUAAAUCCAAAAAUACUUUUAAAAAUGAGGAAAUAGUGGACACAAUAGAUGGAAGUCGAGAAGUUUCUACCCAUGCCAGGAAAAGCGUUUUAUGGUUCGUUCAGAUAUCUUGUGCAACUGAGGUUUCUUCCCCAGGUUCUCUGACUAGACACUGGUCUUGAGUAAAUUGGCAAGUGUGUCUGUCCAAAACUACAAUAUCAAAACAUCACUUAAAGCAUCUUUAUCUAGUGUGUUUAAGAAAAAGUUGUUAUUCAGCAGAAAGGUAAUUUCGGUUGGUCUGCAUCUUUACUCUCACUUGGUAUUGUCUGUUUCUUAUUUUAGCCAUUCUAAUAGGUGUGUACUGAUAUCUCAUCAUGGCUUUAAUUUGUAUUUCCCUGAUGGCUGAUGGUGAACAUCUUUUCAUGUGCAUUUCUGCCAUCUGUAUAUCUUUGGUGAAGAGUCUUCAAAUCUUUUAUCUUAAAAGUGGAUUGUUAAUUACUGAUGGGUUUAAGGAUUUUUUCAUAUUAUGGAUACAAAUAUCUUGUCAGCGGAGUGCUUUGCAGUAUUUUCUCUCAGUCUGCAGCUUGUCUUUAAAAUUUUUUUUUGUAGAGGUGGGGUCUUGCUACAUUGGCCAGGCUGGUCUCGAAAUCCUGGCCUGAAGUGAUCCUUCUGCCUUGGCCUCCCAAAGUGCUGAGAUCGUAGGCAUGAGCUGCCAUGCCUGGCCCGGCUAGUUUUUUUGUUUACUCACCAGUGUUUUUCACAGAACGAAAAUUUCAAUUUGAUGAAGUCCAAUUAAUGAAAUUUUGAAAAAUAGAGUGUGUUUUUUUUUUGUCCUGUCUAAGAAACCAUUGUCUAGUCCUAGGUCCUCGUUCUCCUGUGUUUUCUUCUAAAUGUUUUAUUUUACGUGUUACUUUUAGAUUUGUGAUCUAUUUUGAGUUAACUUUUUUAAAAGUAUGAGGUUUGUGUUUAGGAGCAUAUGGAUGAAUGUCUAGUUGUUCCAGCACCAUUUGUUGGAAAGACUGUCCUUUCUCUGCUGAAUUUCUUUUGUGUUUUGUCAGGAGUUAGCCAUAUUGGUGUGGGUCUAUCCUAGAUGUUAUAUUUUCUCCCAUUGAGCUGUGCAUCUCUCCUUAUUGUCAAUACCACAGAAGUCAAGAUGACCAUAGCUUUGUAGUAAGUAUUAAAAUCUGGUAAUAUAAUUCUUCCAAUUUUAUUUUUCCUCUUAAAAUUACCUUCCCAUUUAAAUUUUGUGAUCAGCUUCGGUACAAAAAUCCUGCUAGGGCUGGUGCGGUGGCUCACACCUAUAAUUCCAGCACUUUGGGAGGCCAGCGUGGGCAGAUCACCUGAGGUCGGGAGUUCAAGACCAGCCUGACCAACAUGGAGAAACCCCAUCUAUACUAAAAAUACAAAAUUAGCCAGGCGUGGUGGCGCAUGCCUGUAAUCCCAGCUACUCAGGAGGCUGAGGCAGGAGAAUUACUUGAACCCGGGAGGCUGAGGUUGGAGUGAGCCAAGAUCGCGCCAUUGUACUCCAGCCUGAGCGACAAGAGCGAAAGUCCGUCUCAAAAAAAAAAGUCCUGCUGGGAGUUCGAUUAGAAUUGCAUUAAAUCUGUAGGUAAGUUUAUGUAUAGAUGGGCAGAAUUCACAUAUUUGUGAUCGUGUUUGAAUCCAUGAACGUGAUGUGUCCAUUUAUUUGCCCGUUCAGUUUCGUUCUUCAGUAGUUUAUGGUUUCAGCAUAUAGAUCCUAUACAUAUUUGCUUAGAUUUACAACUAUUUCUCUUCUUGGAGCUGCUGUAAAUGCUAAUGUGUUUCUGAGUUUUGGUUUCUUCUUGUUUGUUGCUGGUAUAGAAAUACAGUUGACUUUUCUGUCGACUUUGUAUCCCAUGAUGCAAGUAACGCAGUAUCGAGGGGGGUUUAUAGGGCUCAAUGCCUGUGUUCGAAAAAAACGUUUCAAAUCAAUGACCACUUUAAGAAACUUCUACUUUAAAAAACUAGAAAAAGAAGAGAAAAUGAAAAAUGUACACAGAAAAGGGGAAAUCAUACAAAUAGAGCAGAAAUCAGACGAGAAAAUAAAGAAAAUUAAUUAAUCAAAAGUUGGUUCUUUGAGAAGCUCAAGAAAAGUCCUAUUUAGAUGGAUCAGGAGAAAAGAUAAAUUAUCAAUGUCAGCAAUUAGGUAGCUUCACUGCAGAUUCUACAGAUACUAAAACAAUGAGACUUAUUAUGAACAACUUCUAGUAAUUUGAUAAUUCGGAUGUAACGAAUGCAGAUUCUUGAAAGAUACAAAUUCGUUUACUCAGGAAGAAAUAGAAAACCUACGUAGCUCUAUGAAAGAUGUGUUAUCACAAAGAAAACUCUAGGCAUAGGUAGCAUUAGUGGUAGAUGUUGCCACAUACUUAGGGAAAUAAUCUAAUUCUGCACACACUCUUAUAGGAAAUACAAGAGGAAAGAAUACUCAGUUUCAUCUAAGACCAGCAUUACCUUAAUCCUCAAAUCAGACAUUGCCAGAAAAGUAGACAGUUAUCCCUCAUGAACAUCAACACAAUAAUUCUUAGAGUUUUAGCAAGUCAAGUCCAACAAGUUACAUAAAAAGGAUUGUACUUUU